GCGCGGCCGGGGGAGCAGGUGGCGCAGAGCUCGCGACUCAGCCUGCGGCGCUGUCCCCGUGCAGGUGCGGCAGCCAUGGAGACCGUGCAGGAGCUGAUCCCCUUCGCCAGGGAGAUGCUGAGCCAGAAGCCCGGCAGGAAGAUGGUGAGGCUGUACGUGCUGGGCAGCGUGCUGACCUUCUUCGGGGUGCUCAUCGGCCUGGUGGAGACCGUCUGCAGCCCCUUUGCCUCCCAAGACCGGCUGGAGGAGGAGGAGGAGGAGGAGGAGGAGAAGGAGAGCAGCCCUCGAGAGCAGGCAGCCCCCCAGCCGCAGGGUGACUCCGGAGUGGAGAAGACCAAAGAGCUGGGUGCCCAGCCCAGGAGCUUGGUGAACAGGCAGCACGCCUCCUAAGAGCGCCCGCCAGCCUGGAGAUGGACUAUGGCAAGGGACUGGAGAGGGGCAACUGCUGUUUUAUUUGCUGCUGUGCAGCAGUGACAAGGGGGGGGUGGGAAACCCCCAAAUGCCAAUGUCCCCUUUUGUGGGGGUAUGAGCCAAUGUGGGAUGCACAGCCUGGGGUCUCUAUUUUUCAUACUGAUAACGUUUUCCACAAGUUUUUGCAUUUUAAAUAAAUAUUUUCUAUGCUACAAAGCCA